GGCACGGACCCAAAUCGCCCAACGCUAUUUGCGAUCAAGGGGAUAGUGUUUGAUGUCAGCCAAAAUCCCUCCUUUGCGCCAGGGGGAUGUUAUCACGAGCUCGCUGGGAAGGAUCCUUCUCGUGCACUGGCCCGAUCAUCAUUUCACAAGUCACGUUGCAAGGCUGAGUUCCAUGACCUAGGCGAGCAAGAGCAAACCAUACUUAAUGAGUGGUUUGAGCACUACCUGAAACGAUAUAAAAUUGUAGGAAAAGUA